AUGGGAGACAUCGACAACACCCCAACUGCCGCCAGCAAGGGCAAGUCUCGCAACCGCGAUGACUCUCACGACUCGCCAGCUACUGAAGUUGGCGGCGUGACCGUGAGCCUCGGAGCCAUGAGCCUCACCAACUCCAGCACCGAGCAGCAAGGCAGCUCGUCCACCCAGGCGCAAGCCAGCUCAUCCACCCAGACGCAAGCCAGCUCGUCCACCCAAGCCCAGGCCAGCUCGUCCACCCAGAAGCCAGUCUGGGCCGGCCCCAAGCCAGAGCAGUCGCCCAUGGACAGGAACAUCUUCGGUGGCCAGUACAUGAAUGCUGCUGCCAACACCUUCUGCCCAUCGGCCUUCCACCCAUCCACCUUCCAACCAUCCGCCUUCCACCCAUCCGCCUUCAACCCAACCGCGAGCGCGGGCCACGUCAUGCCAGAGGCUACCUUCCUCCAGCAGCAGGCGGACCAGCCGCUCAUCGUCCGCUCCACUCCAGUUGGGGCUGGCAAGGGCAAGGAGCCUGUCACCAACGAUGGCAAUGGCAACAUGCCUGCCUUCACCACCGACGCGAGCAGCCAAGACUAUCGACCACGUCACUUCGUUAAGAUCGACAACGUGGCUCUCGACGCUCUUCAGCUGGUCCAUCUCUCAGGCAACAUCCUCCAGACCGAGACUGCCGACUCAGAGGUCCACCCAGGCAAGACGUGCGUCUACAUCUGCUUCGACGACCUGCGCGAUGCUUGCAAGACUGCUGAGCGGGCUUCCGCGACUGUGCCCACUUGGGACGUCCAGUUCCUUCCCGACAGUCUGUUCAAGGAUCGUACCGGCCUUGUCACCACCGCGUACCACGACGGCACCUCCAAGUACGACGGCCAAGUCCUGUUCGUUGCCAAGAUCAAUCGUCAGCAUAACGGCGAGCGACUUGCCCAAGAGUACGUUCCCGGCAUUGUCCAAGAGCUAGCUGCUAGCUUUGGAGAUGUCAUCAACAUGCAACCCUAUCCGCACAGAGCUGGACAAGGCUUCCGCGUCGAGUACUGGGCCAUCACCGCUGCGAAGGAAGCUGUGGCUCACUUGAGCGAGGGCAAGAACAUCCCGCACUUCCGCGAUGGCUGGGACGUCUCGGCACAAUCGUUCGCUGAGGUCCUUGUCGCUGCAUCUCGCGAUGCCCCCGAAAUCAUCAUGAGCCCAACUGGCCGCACCGCGUGGAGCUUCGACCCUCAGGGCAACAUGGUGGUCGAGAAGCCCAUGCUCACCGUCCCCAAGGCCAACCCGGCCAUGACUGCGACUACCACCGACGUGGUCCCAUGGUCACCAGCUCGUCCUCGAGGACAGUGGACCUCCCUGCCCAUGCCACAGACACAGCAAGUAUUCGACCCAUCCUUGAUGGCGCGUAGCACCUCCCACCCAGUGGGAAACCACGUCACUCGUGGCUCCGGCAUCGCAGGAGAGCCCAGAGACAAUCAAGAAGUGAGCGUUGCACGAAUUAGCAACGGACAAGACGUCCGUACUACGGUCAUGAUUCGCAACGUGCCUAACGAGUGGACUUGCGAAGACAUGAAGACCGCGGUCGACGCCGUCAGCUUCGGCAAGUACGAUUUCGCCUACUUGCGCAUCGAUUUCGAGCGCAACCUGAACGUCGGCUAUGGCUUCGUCAACUUCAUCGACGCAGAGUCGAUCAUUCCAUUCCUGCAGCAUUACCACAGCCGGGAUUGGAACCAGCACACCGGCCUGCCAGGACGUCGUCUCGGCCAGGUCUCGUACGCCACCAUCCAAGGCUACGACUGCCUGAUCGAGAAAUUCCGGAACUCCGCUAUCAUGGACGAAUGCCCUGGCUACCGUCCCAAGAUCUUCUAUACGUUCCUCGAUGCCAAGACCGACGACCUCGUCGGCACCGAGAAGGACUUUCCCAAGCCCAACAACGCCAGCAAGCACAAGCGAUCUGCCGAGAAUGCUGGCCAGAUUGGGCUCUUCCAGCCGAACUCUCGGGGUGGUGAUCGUGUCCGCGGCGGUGAUCGGGCUCGUCGGUCUCAGUACGACAGAGGCACCACCCGCCAGAUGGCCGAGGAUGCUUCCUACUAUUACGCUCACGCCGCCGGUCCUGCCUAUGGUGGUAUGGCGCCCAUCGGCACGCCGGCCAUGGCGCCUGGAAUGUACCCUCAUCAUGCCGGCUACCCACAAAUGGGCCAGCAGUUCUACAACGGCUUUCCCCCAGUUGACCCCAUGGGCGCCAACAUGAUCCAGUACCAAGGCCAAUACCAGCAUUACCAGUACCCGGGUAACUUUGCUGGUGCUCCACACGGCUAUCCUGGCGGCAAUACAGGCUUCGUGCCGUUCACCGGUCCAGGCCAAGCUGCCCCAGGCUACGGUCAAGCUGCUCAUGGCUACGGCUAUGGCUACAACACCAACAACCGUGCUUCCCAGCUUCGCACGCUCACCAACGGCCGCCUUGCGACUCGUCCUCGUGGCAACGUCACUGUGGCUGAUCCCUCCCGCUACGACCCAGCUCCAGGCGUUCCACGCAGCAUCGUCGCCAACCAGGGCGAGUUCCCGCCCGUCGACCAGUACGCACUUCAGCAGUACUAUGCCGCCAACGCUGGCUAUGCUGGAGUCCAGGCUCCUGCCAACGGCAACCACUACCAGUACUCUCAGUACUAA